AUGUCCUUCCUUCGCAAGACCUCGGAAACCCCAACUUCCUUCCCCAUCUUCCCGACAUAUCUUCUCCCCUCGAUUCCUUUUCGCCGUAAGUCGCGGCAGUCGAGCACUGACAGCAACGGUUCAGCGGACACAGCCGUGUCCUCCGCCUCCGCUGCUUCGUCCUCUUCGAAUCCGUUCACCAGAAGCCCUACCCCGACCCCCAUUCCCGUGUCAUCCGCAUCGUCUAUUGUGGUGCCGCCAGAAGACAAGUUCCUCAAUGGCCACAGCUCUCACAUUCAAUGCGCCAAAUGCUCCACCGAUUUGUGCCUCACUUCGCAGAUCAUAAGCAAAGGCUUUAUGGGCAGACACGGUCGAGCGUACUUGGUUCAAGGGACAACAAGCCACAUCCACACCACCACCCCCUCCUUGCCCAAUACGUUUCAGAACAAGUCCAUCUCCCGAAAUCUAGUGACGGGGCAGCAUGUUGUGAGCGACAUCAGCUGCGCAAUCUGCGGGAGCAUACUGGGAUGGAAAUACGUUGAAGCAAGUGAAGAGAGCCAGAAAUACAAGGUUGGCAAGUUCAUCCUCGAAACAAAACGUAUCCGCAUCAAUGUCUCGUGGGAGAAUGAGGAGGACGAUACCGGUCCCUACGCAUACGAUGAAGUCCUACCACUUCCACCGAGAGAACUGAGAAAGCUGGUCGACGGCACGGCCAAUCCAACGGACGAUCUCGAAUUCGACUCGCAAGACGAGGAUGAAUGUGAGGAUCUCUUUGCCGGCGUUUGGAGCCCUCAACUUGCUGCCAAAAGGCGGCAGAGGAAGAGGGAGCGGUUUGGCAGACGACCUGUUGGUAGUCUGAUCAACUUUGGCGCUACGAGCAGUACCGAUACUCUCUCUUAA